UGUUUGUCUUUCUUAGCAAAAAUAGAAAUGGCCGACACCGCAGGAAAUUGGUGUCUCAUCGAGAGUGACCCCGGUAUAUUUACAGAAUUGAUCAAGGAAUUUGGCUGUAAAGGUGUUCAGGUUGAAGAACUUUGGAGUUUGGACGCUGAACAAUUUAAAAACUUGGAGCCUAUCCAUGGUUUGAUAUUUCUUUUCAAGUGGGUCCCAGAUGAUGAACCUCCUAGUUCUGUUGUGAGAGAUAAUAGGCUGGAGAAAAUUUUCUUUGCCAAGCAGGUCAUCAACAAUGCUUGUGCCACUCAAGCCAUCUUGAGUAUUCUACUUAACUGCAAACACUCGGAUGUCACCCUCGGCCCAACACUCUCCGAGUUUAAGGAGUUUUCUCAGUCUUUUGAUGCCAACAUGAAAGGAUUAGCCCUCAGCAACUCUCAAACUAUUCGAUCAGUUCAUAAUUCAUUUGCCAGGCAAACACUGUUUGAGUUUGACAACAAGAGUUCAAACAAAGAUGAAGACGUUUUUCACUUUGUGGGUUACAUCCCUAUUGAUGGGAGGCUGUAUGAGCUCGAUGGACUGAAGGAGGGACCGAUCGACCUUGGAGCAAUCCCAGCAGAGAGUAGUUGGCUGGAUGUGGUCAAGCCUAUCAUUGAAAAGAGAAUACAAAAAUAUAAUGAGGGAGAAAUCCAUUUCAACUUGAUGGCAAUUGUCUCAGACCGGAAAAUGAAAUAUGAGGAGAAACUGCAGCAGCUUCAGAAACAAAUUGAAGAAAGUGGGAUGGAGACUGAUUCUGUUCAAGCUGAAGUAACAAGACUGCGUCUGGCAAUUGAAGAGGAAGAAAACAAGAUCAAACGCUACCAGCUAGAAAAUAUUAGGAGGAAACACAACUACUUACCACUCAUUAUAGAAAUUUUAAAAAUUUUAGCUAAAGAAGGCCAAUUACUUUCUCUAUAUGAAAAAGCUAAGGCUAAAGCUAUAGAGAAAGAGUCUAAGAAAUUAAAGACUUGAUUUGUCUUCUUGCAGUUUAUGUCACCUGCCAAUCUCAAUUUAUUUGAAUGCUAUUCUGAAAUGUUGUGAUAUUUUGCAAAUAAACAGUUUAACCCUUCCUA